AUGAGUGAAAACCCUUUUGCAUCUCAUCUUGAGCAAGAUUCGAAUCCGGCCGCCGCCCUCGAUGCUGUUUCAACAACAAGUGCAUCCUUAAAGUAUUGCACGAUAUCCUCCGAAAAAACAGCGGAGGCGCUCCAUACCAAUAUAAGGGAAGGUUUACCGUCGGUAUCUGAGGCGAAUCAGAGAAGAGCACUUCACGGUGCUAAUGAAAUAGCAAGUGAUGAUGACGAGCCACUAUGGAAAAAGUUCCUUUCCACGUUUGUUGGUGAUCCUCUAAUCUUACUUCUUAUCGGAUCCGCUGCCAUCAGUUUCAUCAUGGGCAACAUCGAUGAUGCGGUGAGUAUAACAUUGGCAAUUGUGAUUGUUGUCACGGUCGGUUUCGUUCAAGAAUAUAGAUCAGAGAAGUCAUUGGAGGCUUUGAACAAACUGGUUCCAGCUGAAUGUCAUCUGAUUAGAAGUGGGCAGGAAUCAAAGGUCUUGGCAUCUGUUUUGGUUCCAGGCGAUGUGGUUUUUUUUCGUGUGGGCGAUAGAAUUCCAGCGGAUCUGCGAAUUGUGGAAUCUGUCGAUUUAUCGAUUGACGAAAGUAACCUAACUGGUGAAAAUGAACCAGUUCUAAAAAGCUCGCAUGCUGUUGACAAGCAUAGUUACAACGACUUACCUGGCUCAAUAGUUCCCAUUGCUGAUAGAACAUGCAUUGCUUACAUGGGAACUUUAGUUAGAGAAGGACAUGGUAAAGGUAUAGUUGUUGGUACCGGAAAAAACACGGCAUUCGGUACUGUAUUUGAGAUGAUGAGCUCUAUUGAAAAGCCUAAGACGCCACUCCAAACGGCAAUGGACAAACUUGGGAAGGAUCUAUCAUUUAUGAGUUUUAUUCUCAUUGGCAUAAUUUGCUUAAUUGGUAUCAUUCAAGGAAGAUCUUGGCUGGAAAUGUUCCAGAUAUCUGUGUCAUUAGCAGUUGCUGCGAUUCCUGAAGGUUUGCCAAUCAUUGUAACAGUAACAUUAGCUCUUGGAGUAUUGAGGAUGGCGAAUAGAAAGGCGAUUAUUCGUAGACUACCCAGCGUCGAAACUUUAGGUUCUGUCAAUGUCAUUUGUUCAGAUAAGACCGGAACUUUAACUGCUAAUCAUAUGACCGUUGCUAAGAUAUGGUGCUUGGGUAGCAUGGCCAAUAAAACAAAUGUUUUAAACAUGGAAAAGAAAAAUGGAGGGAAUCUGAAGAACUAUCUUACCGAAGAUAUUAAAGCUACUUUGAGAAUCGGGAACAUUUGCAAUAACUCUACAUUUUCUCAAGAACAUGGCAAGUUUCUCGGGAAUCCAACAGAUAUGGCUUUAUUGGAAGUCUUGCCGAAGUUCGAUCUUGAUGAUCAGCGGUCGAGGGUUUCAAGAGUUGAUGAAAUUCCUUUUAAUUCGAAAAGAAAGUUAAUGGCAGUGAAAACUGUCGAUUCUAACAAUAAGGUGGUGGUGUAUGUUAAAGGUGCUUACGAAAAGAUUCUUGAAAAAUCUACGCAUUAUGUUAACAAGGAUGGCCGUGUUGAAAAGCUCAAUAUGGCACAACGCGAACAGAUUAUAGAAAGUGGGAACUCAUUGGCUUCUGAUGGCUUACGUACACUGGCUUUCGCAGAAUUAGAUCUUCCUAACGAUCGUAGUAAAAAGAUUUCUGAUGACGAUGUUCAUGACUUGGUUUUUGCGGGUUUAAUUGGAAUGAAAGAUCCUCCAAGGCCAACUGUUCGCGCGGCUAUUGAAACUUUGACCGAGGGUUCCGUUCAUAUCAUUAUGAUUACGGGUGAUGCCGAAAACACAGCAGUCAAUAUUGCUAGACAAAUUGGUAUUCCUGUCGUAAAUCCUGAAAUCGCUGUAUUAACUGGUGAUAAGCUUGACACAAUGAAUGACGAUCAAUUAGCAAAUGUAAUUAAUCACGUUAGUGUAUUUGCGCGUGCUACUCCAGAACACAAGUUGAAUAUUGUCCGUGCUUUGCAAAAGAGAGGAGAUAUCGUUGCCAUGACUGGUGAUGGUGUAAACGAUGCACCUGCUCUGAAACUCGCAGAUAUAGGUGUAUCUAUGGGCAAAAUGGGUACUGAUGUUGCUAAAGAAGCUUCUGAUAUGGUUCUUACCGAUGAUGACUUUAGUACAAUUUUGACUGCCAUUGAAGAAGGCAAAGGUAUUUUUAACAAUAUCCAAAACUUUUUAACGUUCCAACUUUCAACUUCUGUUGCCGCUCUAUCCUUAGUCGCAAUUUCUACAGCUUUGAAGCUUCCUAACCCAUUAAAUGCUAUGCAAAUAUUGUGGAUUAAUAUCCUAAUGGACGGUCCACCUGCUCAAUCGCUUGGUGUUGAAGCUGUUGAUCAUGAAGUAAUGAAAAAACCUCCACGUAAACGUACUGACAAAAUUUUAACUAAUGAGGUUUUCAAGAGGCUAUUAGGAAGUGCUGCCUUCAUCAUCGUUGGUACUAUCUAUGUUUUCAUGAAGGAGAUGAACGAAGAUGGUAAAAUAUCAGAUAGGGACACAACGAUGACCUUCACCUGUUUUGUUUUCUUUGAUAUGUUCAAUGCCUUAUCCUGCAGGCAUUCAGUGAAAUCAAUUUUUGAGAUAGGUUUUUUCACCAAUAAGAUGUUUAAUUAUGCUGUGGGCCUUUCCCUGCUUGGACAAAUGUGUGCUAUUUACGUACCGUUCUUCCAAGGUAUUUUCAAGACAGAGAGCCUAAGCUUGGGUGAUUUGUGUUUCCUACUAGCGAUCAGUAGCAGCGUGUUCUUUGCAGAUGAGCUCAGAAAGCUGUAUAUCAGGAAAGGCCGUUUGCAAGAAGCGUACGACUACUCUAAUGUUUGA